AUGUUCCGGUCCGUACGGGGAUCAUUUUCGUCACGUCAGGCCUUCAUCAGUGCAAGAGAGCCGUUCAGCAUCCACUGGCACGUUGCGGGUGGUGGGCUACGUGCGUGGCCACGGGAUCAACGUGAACCAGCUGGUGAGGAGGAUGAGGCGGUGAGGUCGAUUGACCAGGUGCUGGGUCCCAGUGCUGCUGGGGGAGCACUCACGUUUUUCUUUCUCCCACUCCCCCCCUUUCCUUUCCCUGUGCAGGUGCACAUUACAGGCGUGGGCGACUUUCAGCUGGCUCAGAUUGACCAAGUGCCCGACCCCUGUGCUGCUGGCGAGCAUGGGAGGCCGGGGGGGAGGGGCGGUGGGAGCAAGGGGAAGGAGAAGAAGAAAGGGGGGACGGCGAAAGAGGGAAUGGAGGAAGAGGAGGGAGAGGAGGGGGAGGAGGGGGAAGUGGAGGAAGAGGGGGAGGAGGAGGAGGAGGGGGGAGUGAGGGUGUUGGCUCGGUCGAGUGCAGAGCUGAGGGAUCCCCUUGUGGUUCUCAACACACUCGAUCCGCUGGCAGGCGAACAGGCGGCAUGGAUGCAAGGUGGUGACGAGGAGGAGAGCGAGGGGGAAGAGGAGGACGGGGAGGAGGGACAGGAUGGAGAGGAGGGAGAGGAGGCGAUGGAGGAGGGAGAGGAGAGGGAUGGGGGUGAGCAGGGAGGAGCAGAGGAGGAGGAGGAGGGGUCGGGGAGUGAUUGGGAGGAGGUGGAUGAGGAUGAUGGUGUGGGAGGGGAGAGGCUGGAAGGAGGCAGCACCCACGAUGGGCUCAUGGUGCGUGCUGCUCUCAUUCCAUGCCCAGAUGACAACAACCCCUCUCCGUUCCCCUCUCAUCCCCCCCCUUGGAUGAAAAGGAGCAGAGGCAGAGAGGCCGCCUUAGAAACACACCCAUCAAAACCCCUCACAGAGAUUCAUGAGGACAUUGCCUCCACCAUCGUCACUCACCCCUCCCCCCGUGUGUGUGUGUGGCAGGAGGAGGAUGAUGCAGAGGGGGAGGCGGAGAAGAGGGCGCGGGCACAGUGGGAAGAGAUGAAGCGACUGAGGACACAGCAGCAGGAGGACCAGGGUGGGUGUGGUGUGGGGCAUGGGAAUGCUGAGGUUCAGGAAUUCCCCGACGAGGUGGACACACCUGACGACAUCCCGGCCCGCCAGCGCUUUGCCAAGUACCGCGGACUCAAGUCCUUCCGCUCCUCGCCGUGGGACCCCAAGGAGUCCCUCCCCCCCGAAUACGCGCGCAUCUUCUCCUUUGACAACUGGAAAAGGACGCAGAAGGCCGCGGAGGAGCGGGCGGCAGCAGUGGAUCGGGGCGAGGUGCCCGGGUCGGUUGGGGCGGGGACGUUUGUCAGGUUGCACAUUAUGAACGUGCCAUGCUUCGAAGCAGAGCGUCUGCAGCACGAGGUGACCAAACGUGGGCUGCCACUUGUCGUGACGGGGCUGCUGCAGCACGAGACGCGCAUGACAGUGCUGCACUUCUCAGUCAAGAAGUCCGACUCCUUCGCCCCCCCCAUCAAGUCCAAGCAGCGCCUCCUCUUCCACUGCGGCUUCCGAAGGUUCUACUCUCGCCCCACCUUCUCAACGGAUGACAUCAAUCUCGAUAAGCACAAGUUCGAGCGCUUCCUGCACCCCGGAAGGUUCGCGGUAGCUUCCAUCUUCGCACCCACGCUCUUCCCGCCGCUCCCCCUCCUCGUCUUCGCCGACCCGUCUGCGGCCAAUCAGCACACAGGAGAGGGUGUGGGGGGAGGGAGUGUAGGAGGGAGUGUGGUGGGGGGAAGUGUGGUGGGCGAGGGCGAGGAGCUGCAGCUGGCGGCAACAGGGGCUUUAAGAGGGCCGGACCCCGAUCGGAUCAUCCUCAAGAAGAUUGUGCUGUCGGGCUACCCCGUGUCAGUGAUGAAGCGCAAGGCAGUGGUGCGAUACAUGUUCCACCAGCCAGAGGAUGGCAGGUGGUUCCAGCCAGUGGAGCUCUUCACCAAGUACGGCCGGAGGGGGCGCAUUCGCGAGCCUGUGGGCACCAAAGGAGCAAUCAAGUGUGUGUUCGAUGGGGUGGUGCAGCAGCGCGAUGCCGUCUGCAUGGCUCUCUACAAGCGAGUCUACCCCAAGUUCCCCGUCCUGCCAGCCUCUCUUUGA